UGUCUGUCUGCUGACGGAACCAAACACACCCUUCUCUUUUUCUCUCUCUGGCAGUUUUCAGAACAAAACGGCCAAACAUCUCCCCAAAGCAAAAAUGCAUUUGUGCUGAGAGAAAGAGAGAGAGAAGUGCCGGAGACGCAGCUUCUGCCCUAGAAAGCUUUCAGCUUUCAGCAGCUCAUACAUAUAUAUACAGGCAUUAGAUUAAACUCUCUCUCUAUAUAUAAUUAUAUAUAUAUAGAGGUGAUCGGCAAUGUCAUCGGCGCCGGCUUCAUCUCCGCCGUCGACGACUCCCGCGGCGCCGCCACCUGCGUCGCCUCCGCCAUCGAACAACUCUACCUCGCCGCCACCUGCAUCGCCUCCGCCGUCGAACAACUCUACCUCGCCGCCGCCGUCCAGUCCGCCUCCCCCCGCCAAAUCGUCCCCGCCGCCUCCGACAGCGCCGGCUGGGUCUCCGCCUCCACCGCAGUCGGCCAAUCCUCCGUCGACCUCUCCCUCGCCUCCGGCUCCGGCCUCCGAGUCUCCGCCUUCCGGUUCGACUCCGUCCCCGCCCCCGCCGGCAUCGAAAUCGUCGCCGCCGCCUCCGUCGUCUUCUAAUUCUCCGUCUCCGCCAUCGUCCUCGAAUUCGCCGACCCCGCCGUCUUCUUCGACUCCGCCGCCGCCUCCGUCCAGCUCAUCGGGGAUAUCGACAGGGCUGGUGGUUGGGAUAGCUAUUGGUGGUGUUCUCGUUCUAGCUGUUUUGAGCAUUUUGUUCAUAUGUUGCCGGAGGAAGAAGAGAAGAGAGCCCGAGUACUACGUUCCACCUCAUCAUGGGCCUAAAGAUGAACCAUAUGGUCGACCACCUCAACAUUGGCAACAAAAUGCUCCACCACCUGGUUCUCAUGGCAUCACAAUGCCACCAAAACCCUCUCCUUCACCUCCAGUUACAUCGUUCCCUCCAGCUCGUCCUCCUGCACACUCACCUCCUCCAGCUUUCAUGAGCAGCAGCGGAGGUUCUGCGUCCAAUUCAGGGAGCGAAAAACCACUCCCACCACCCUCUCCUGGCAUGAGUUUGGGCUUCUCAAAGAGCACAUUCACAUUAGAAGAAUUGUCAAUGGCAACUGAUGGAUUUUCAGAUGCUAACCUCCUUGGACAAGGUGGUUUUGGGUAUGUGCAUAAAGGGGUCCUUCCGAAUGGGAAAGAAGUUGCAAUUAAGCAGCUGAAAGCAGGUAGUGGUCAGGGGGAGCGCGAAUUCCAAGCUGAAGUUGAGAUCAUUAGCCGGGUGCAUCAUAAACAUCUUGUUUCAUUAGUUGGAUACUGCAUCACUGGUUCCCAAAGAAUGCUUGUCUAUGAGUUUGUUCCAAACAACACCCUGGAGUUCCACUUACAUGGGAAGGGAAGACCUCCCAUGGAUUAUUCCACAAGACUGAAAAUUGGUUUAGGGGCUGCGAAAGGACUGUCAUAUCUGCAUGAGGACUGCCAUCCUAAAAUCAUUCAUCGGGACAUUAAGGCAACUAAUAUACUACUAGAUUUUAACUUUGAGGCAAUGGUUGCCGAUUUUGGACUUGCAAAAAUUUCAUCUGAUGUCAACACUCAUGUAUCCACUCGUGUGAUGGGAACUUUUGGGUAUCUGGCUCCGGAAUAUGCUUCUUCUGGUAAACUUACAGAGAAGUCCGAUGUUUUCUCAUUUGGAGUCAUGCUUCUGGAGUUGAUUACUGGACGCCGACCUGUGGACUCAUCCCAAUCUUUCGUGGAAGAUAGCUUGGUAGAUUGGGCGAGGCCCUUGCUUACACGAGCUUUGGAAGACGGUAACUUUGAUACCCUUGUUGACGCACGAUUGCAAAGGAAUUACAACCACAAUGAGAUGGCUCGCAUGGUUGCUUGUGCUGCUGCUUGCGUGCGUCAUUCAGCACGACGUCGACCACGAAUGAGCCAGGUUGUACGGGCCUUAGAAGGGGAUGUAUCGUUGGCCGAUCUUAAUGAAGGAAUCACACCUGGACACAGCACAGUCUACAGUUCUUUCGAAAGCUCAGACUAUGACACUAACCAAUACAAAGAGGACAUGAAGAAAUUCAGGAAAAUGGCCCUUGGCUCCCAGGAGUAUGGCAGCAGCGGGCAGAGUGUUCCGACCAGUGAAUAUGGUUUAUACCCAUCUGGCUCAAGUAGCGAACACAACACUCGCGAGAUGGAGAUGAGAAAGAUGAAGAAAGACAGUAGUGGGUUCAGUGGAAGCUCAUGACAACCUUAAAAUUCUCAUAAUCAAUUUGAUUGCAGACACAUGUCUGGUAUGAGCUAACAACAAACACAUUUUUUUUUUCUUUCUUCAUUUUUCAUAAUUUAUAUUUUCCCUCUUGUAUCUAUUGAUUAGGCUUAUACAUCAAAACAAUUCAGAUAUUCCUCUGUUUGGUGGUUGAGUGUUAGCUUUGGUUGGUUGUUCAUAUCUGUUGAAGGAUGCUUUAACUUGUGAAUGAAAACUGUGACAGUUGGAGAGUAGAUGAGAAA